AUGGAGUCUCCUCUACAACGCUUUCUUAAAGUGGUCACCCCCUUGGUUGCUACCAGUGUCAGGGGAGAGGGGUUCAGUUCCACCAAAGGCAGUCCUUUCUGACUACAGACAGUCAGAUGGUUAGAGAGUUCACCUUGAGACUGAGCUAGAAUCUUGCAGCUCCCCUCUCUUGGUUGGUUAAGCUUACAGAUGAGGAGCUGAGACCAGAUAGAUGUCAAGUAACAUCCCAGCAUCACUGAAGCUGGAAAGUCACAGAGCUUAAGGUUCCAUGCAGCUGGGCCGGUGUAGGCCCACAGCUAGCCCUGUCUCCAGCAGUGGUCCAUUGAGAUGAUUGGUUUUAUCCCCACAGGCCCCAUCUGGAACCAGUCUGUCUUCACAGGAUGGGCCAGCCCAGGGAUGUGCCUGGAACUUGGCUCCCACUUUCUCAACUCCUACAACUCAAAGGAAAAUCCUUGGCCAUUAGCUAUAUGACUAAUUCUGGCCUGAGAGUGUAAUCUAAACAAAUUCCACCCAAUACCUUAAAACACAGCUGGUUUACCAUGAUCCUCCCAAAACACAGUUAGGCCGAGUCAAUAUCCAUGUCCUGGCCAGGAAAAUAAUUGUUCUCCGUUGAAGAGACUUUAUUACCGUCCGGCUCUGACCCUGGGCCCUGCCUGCAGACUGGUUUUCCAUGGCUCCUCUCUGGGUGGGUGGGUAGAUGAGCUAAUCAUCUGGGGGAAGCAGGAGGAGAAGGGCUGCCGGGAGGGGUCUCUGAGGCCCCCAUGCCUUUCCCGGCUCUAGCCUGGAGUGUGCUCCCAAAGAGAUGCCUCACAGGGUUCUAGAAUGUUCACAGGCCUGGAGCCCAGGGCUGAUUCUGUUACUCUCUAUUGUGGCUCAUUUCCCCUUCCUUUAGUACUUAUAGAUGGGAAUACCAAAGCCCAAAGAAACAAGGUGGCUUGCCCAAGAUCUCUCCAGGGAAGGAGCUAGCACCAGAUCCUAAGCGCCCAGGGUCGAGGUGUGGGCCCUCUGGCCUGUCUUCGGUAUGACCAGAUUUAUCCUGAGUCCCAAGGGGAAUGACCAGGUGAUCCCUGCCAGGCUCACCACUAAUCCCAGAAUUGCUGUAGGCAAGAGGCAGUGCCAGGUUUUAGAACAAAUACCCCAUUUACACAACAAGCUACGAACACAUGCAACUCAUUAGCUCCCGUUAGGGAGAGACAGUAAUUCAGGAUGGAUUAGGUUUCUUGAAGCUGAACCUACAUUGUCCCUGAAAUCUUAGUGGGGGGUUCUCUCUGCCCCACCGCCCCUCCCGGAAGCCGGGGUUCUGCAGUGAGGCCACUACAGUCUUCACAGGAAAGGGCAGAAUAAUGUGAUUGGGGACAUGGAGUGCCAAGGCUGAGCUAAAGAACGGGCAAGCUUGGAAUUGAACCCGGAAAGCUUCCUGGAGGAGGAGGCGGAGCCCGCUCGGUAGAACAGUGGGAGGGGUGGAUUUUCUUGCUGGUGAAAAGAUUGAGGGGGAGGUUGGGGAGGAGUGCAGACCUCCUCCCCGCUACCCCCCGGCCCUGGGGCUCCCUCGCUCUGCUCCUUCCCGGCAGGGUCUGGGUGCGCUCGGGAGGGCGACGGGCUGGGUCCCCGGGGCCGGGACCCGCGGUGGGGGCGCGGCCGGCCGGAGCUCCCUCCCCGCGCCGGGGGCCGAGCGAGCGCGCCCCGCGGGGGGCUCCGCAGCCCGUACAAGGCGCUCGGUCGCGUCCGGGCGGCCCCGCCCUCCCGGCGCCACCGGCCCCUCCUCCCCCGGGUGGCGGCCGGCCGGGGUGCGCGGGGCCGAGGGCGCGGACGCCGACGGGGGCCGGCGCCGGGGAAGCGCGCGUCCCGCUCUCCAGGCCCGACGGGCGGGCGGCCGCGCGGGGCUCUCCGGGGCGGCGCCAUGUCCUCGGUGUUCGGGAAGCCCCGCGCGGGCAGCGGGCCGCAGAGCGCGCCCCUCGAGGUCAACCUGGCCAUCCUGGGGCGCCGAGGGGCCGGCAAGUCCGCCCUGACUGUGAAGUUUCUGACCAAGAGGUUUAUCAGCGAAUACGACCCCAACUUGGAGGACACCUACAGCUCCGAGGAGACUGUGGACCACCAACCUGUCCACCUGAGGGUCAUGGACACUGCAGACCUGGACACCCCCAGGAACUGUGAGCGCUACCUGAACUGGGCCCACGCCUUCCUGGUGGUGUACAGCGUCGACAGCCGUGAGAGCUUCGAGGGCAGCAGCAGCUACCUGGAGCUGCUUGCCUUGCACGCGAAGGAGACGCAGCGCAGCUUCCCUGCCCUGCUGCUGGGCAACAAGCUGGACAUGGCCCAGUACAGGCAAGUCACCAAGGCAGAGGGUGUGGCCUUGGCAGGCAGGUUUGGGUGCCUGUUUUUCGAGGUCUCUGCCUGUCUGGACUUUGAGCACGUGCAGCACGUCUUCCACGAGGCAGUGCGAGAGGCACGGCGGGAGCUGGAGAAGAGCCCCCUGACCCGGCCCCUCUUCAUCUCUGAGGAUAGGGCCCUGCCCCAGCAGGCCCCGCUCACCGCCCGCCAUGGGCUGGCCAGCUGCACCUUCAACACGCUCUCCACUGUCAGCCUGAAGGAGAUGCCCACCGUGGCCCAGGCCAAGCUGGUCACUGUGAAGUCAUCCCGGGCCCAGAGCAAGCGCAAGGCACCUACCCUGACCCUCCUGAAGGGCUUCAAGAUCUUCUGAGGGCCCCUCCCCAGGAACUCUGGGCUCGGUGGCUGGACAGGGCUUCAGCAGGACAGGGGCUGGCUUCUUACCACCAGCCUUUCCCUCUGAUGGACACCAGACCCCGCCUCCAGCACCAAGCAGUGUCUACAUUCAGUUCCCUGUGUGAGCUGGAGUGGCAGGCAGGGAUGCUGCUUCUGUUCCCUCCAGGCCUUGCUCUUCAUGGUAACCACCACAUCUGUGGCCCUGGAGGGAAACGGCCACUGCGACAACCCAGAGACCUGGGGUCAGCCUUAAGUAGGAAGAAAUUGCAGUGUCCAUCCUGCUGCCAUCAGCCUUUCCUGCUGCAGCUGCAGAUGGGCCAGCUGUGGCCCUCCGCGGAAGGUCUGGGUGGACAGCUCUGUCAAUGUCAGGCCUGAGAACGGCCUGCAGAAUGACCGCUCUGGGGUCCCUGUGCCACCUGGUGGACGGGACAGGCAGGGCGGCUGCAGCGUCAGAGGCCAGAGCCAGGCCCUGCCGUCGUCUGCUGACUUCACAGAAGGCCCAGGCUACAAAUUCCACAGUUUAUCCAAGGAAAGUCUAGUUAAAAUAAUCCAGUGGGCCGCCUGGGCGGGGCAAAGAGGUCCAAGGAAGGGGUAUUUCCAGCACUUGGCCUCUCAAUGAGGGUAAAAGGGAGGGGCUGUCCAAUGUAAGGAACUCCAGAGUUCUUUCACCAGCAGAGGCCCCAUGCUUUCCCACUGUUAAGGACUCUGUCCGUAGAACCUCAGGGCCAGCUCCCUCAAGUUUAAUGGUCAGGCUUUGGAAGAAAGUCGUCACUCCAGUGAGUUACCCAGGGCUCCAGGGAGCCCACAGCAGCAUCAGACCCAUCCAGGGGUACAGGGCAUGCCUCCUUGCAGAUGGAAAAACAGUAAAGCUGUUUGUCUUCUGGUUUGGCAGGACCCAGGACCCUCAGCAAUGGGUCUGAGUGUUCAAAGCCCACUUUAGAACCUAAAUCAUUUUGGGUUAAUAAAGCAAAUUUUUGUGUAUGUUAUUUGGUGGUGUCACCACAGCUUAUAUACCAGAAUACCAUGGGAUCAGGACACUCCUCUGGGACCCCACCGUCGGCAAGAAAAGGCCUUCCGAGGCAGGCAGUGUGGUAGUUAUCUGAUUUUGUUUACCACACACCAAGUCCAAAGGAAGUGUUGCACAGAUUCUUAGCAGAUAAGCAGGGAAAGGAGAGGGCCCUGGGGGGUGGAAGGAUUGGGAAGGGGAUUCUGAGCCUGGAAUCCUGCCCUUCCUCUCUUAGCAGUCUCAAGACAGCUGUUGGAUUGCAAACAGCGUCUCUGACCCAGUCUUCAGCCUCAUUCUGUAAACGGAGGAGCUGAGGUCAGAGGGGGUUGUGAACUGUUAAGACCACAUGCUGAGAGUCCUAGCCAGGCUUCCUGACACGCAGGCCAGAUACGGAUUUUGCACUUUUGCUCCAAGCCACUUGUGUGUGUGUGUGUGUAUCACCACCCUCUGAACAAACUGUAAUACCACCCGCUCACUUCCAGGAGCAUUUUAAUAAAAGAUUUUUUUAAUAACAGAA